AUGCCCCGCUCUGCUCCGCAUCCCGGGGCGCUGAUUGGCCGUGCCGCCGGAGCCUCAUCCGUGGUGGGUCCAGCCUCUGUCAUUCGCCACGCGGAGCUUCCGCCGGCGGCGAGUGACGCGCCGCCUGGCUGUGCCGCACGCCGAAUCCAGCGGACUUCCCUUUACUGUCGUGGACUGAAGCCCACAAGCCACAGCACCGAACCUGCACCUUCGUUCUCGCUCGAGCUUUGGGACGACGUGGGCCUAUUUCAGCUCGGCGAAUGCCAGCGCCCGUUGGCCGUCGGCCUGCUUGUCCGAUGGCGCAGCAGGCGAGCAGCUGGCUUGUUGGACGAAGGGAAGGACGCCUAG